ACAGUUCAUAAAAAAGAAAUUGUGUAAAAUUGUUUGAUUAAUUAUAAAUAAUUAGUUUUUUAGUGAAAAAAUGUAUUAAAUUUGCAUAAAAACAUUUAAAUAAUGAAUUAAAUCUUUGAAACAAUAUAAAAGUAAAGCAAAUGUCAAAAUAAACUAAAAGAGCAGAUCUAAAAAGCCAUGUAUAGCAAUAAAAUCACUGGACGUACAGUUUCGUCUGGUGCCUCAUUUGAAGAGGAUGAGGAAGGUUUCAGUGGCAACAAAAAAGAAGGAAUAAAUAAAACUAAUACAAAAACAGAACAAACAUUUAAUAACACAUUUAAUAAUGGCAAACAAUAUGGUUUGUCUACAAAAGUGGCACUGGGGCGGCUACACGAUGAAAUAGAAAAAUUAUUAAAGGGCUAUGAACUGAAGUGGAAAGAGGAAAGCUGUUACCGUCAGGUGCGCUCUGCUUUUGUCAAACGCUAUGAUAGUCCAUUGGGUUGGUCUUCGAUUGCCACCUCAUUGCUGACUACAAUAGCUUUACUUAUCUCUUGUUCGUAUCUUGCCGCAUUAUGUUUAGCAGCUAUCUUAUCGCUAAAUUUAUAUAUCGUUAUACGCGAAAAUAAUCUAAGACGCACUGAAAUCUAUCGCAAAUGUCGGGCGGCUUUAAAUGAUAUACGCUUAGCCGAACAAGAGCUAUGUGCUGAAUGGCAGCCACAUAAUUAUCCUCAUAUUUGUUGCCCCCUAUCACCUUGUGUUUCAUUACAAUGGACCUAUCGUGAUGGUGUUAUUGUAAAUUUACCUUGGGCUUUGCUCGUCAAAGGGGAUUUUAUUGUUUUGCGUCCGGGUCAUAUAACACCGGGACCUUGUUCGGAGGUUAAUGGUAAGAAAACAUUUAAUGCUCAUGAGAUAUAUGGUGUGGCACAAACGGCGGAACCACCUGUUAAGCCCAUAGCAAGAAGUCCACUACCGGAUUUAGUGUGUUGUUUGGAAAACACUCCCUAUUUGACAAAUUUGAAAUUAAUUUUGGAAAACUCACUAAAAAGGCCACCAACUAUAUACAAUCAGCAGAGAUAUUUGCUGGUCACCAAAUACAUUCAACAAUGGGGAUUCAUAUGUGCCCUUAUCGUAACACUUUUCGCUGGCAUCUUACGUUUACAUGGUUUUGGUCUAUCAACUACUUCCGAUGGUCAUUAUGAAUGGAUGGAUAUGCUUAUAGAAUCACCUGCCUCGGCCGUAAUUCCAUUAUUACCCUUAAUAUUUCCUCUCAUGUGGAUUUCCAUGAAUCUUUGGGGCAUUGCACGUCUUCAAUGUUUUCUACGUACGCCUCAGCUUGUCUUGGGCAAGGAUUCAGAGAAAUCAUUUGAAGAGGAUCUCGAUACACCAUCGUUUGAUUAUGAAAAUGUUGCUCUGCAUCGUUCUAAGGUGUUUCGUAACUGGCUACAAAUGUGGCAGGGUAACAGUGAAUUAUUGCCACGCUCGGCAAAUGUGGUGCAAGUCCUAGGCUCCAUUACCGCCUUAUGUUGUGUAGAUAAAAAGGGUAUAUUGUCGUGGCCAAAUCCUACGGCAGAGAAAGUAUUCUUUUUACACGAUACCGAUGACAAUAAUCUAGAAGAGAAAAGUUGUCAAACUUCAUUGAAUUCAGAAAGUGAUAUACCCGAUCAUACGGUACCAAAAGGUAAUGGUAUAGUGGCAGAAGUUUUGGAUUUAACACACGAUCAACAUUGUCCCUUUCGUUUGGAGUUCGAUGAUCAGGAAUGGAAAAAUCAUAUCAAAUCUUUAAAACCUUUAGGUCUUGCCAUACUUUUAAAUACCUGCUCCCCCUUAACUCAUGACCAUUAUGCUCAAUUUUGUGGCCAUGUCACUGCUGUUGCUAUGCUGGAUAAGGAUUUGGUACCUGUUACAAAUCGGUAUGCGAUCGUAGAGUCCAGUAUGAAAAGCUUUUUGCAUGGACGCUGUUUAUGUGAGUUGGCCAAACAGAUUGGUUUUACAGAUCAUGCCACCGAUCGUUUUACACUGGAAGGCCAAUUGGCCACCUACAGACAUUUGCAACCGGAUGUGGUGCGCAGAGACAUACGCUUCGCCCGCCAACUGCAAUUAUCAUCUAAAGUUAAAGUUCCUUUUCCACACUCUUUAUCGGUGGUAAUGCGUGAAAAUCCUGGUGGUUAUCUUUCGCUUUUCACCCAGGGUACAGCGGACAUUAUUUUAGAUUGUUGUGAUGACUUCUGGGAUGGUGAGGAUUUACGACCCCUCUCCCCACAAGAUCGUAAAAGAGCCUUAGAUUUCUAUCAGCGCAGUGCUUUGACAGCCUACUGUACCGCCUUUGCCUAUCGACCCCUCAGACAUGGCAUAAACGGUGCCUUAAGUGGCGGACCCAAUAAAAAUGGCGGCAAUAUAGCCUAUUUAGAAUUGCCUCCCGAAUCGAAAUUGCGCAUGCAACAUGUGGACAAAAUGCACUGUGACUUUGAGUGUGGUCAUGGUAAAUUGAGUCACAGCAUUAGUACAGAUUCUUUGCUCUUCUCCGAAAGCAAAGAGGAUGACAUUACCGAUGUCGAGGGCUGUUUCGAGAUGCAAUGUCAUCAAGUAUUCAUCGGCAUGGUGACAAUGCAGUAUCAGGCUCAGACAGACAUAGUACAGCUUGUGGAACGUCUCGAACGGGCCUGUAUACGUUUUGUCCAUUUCAGCAAAGAGAACGAAUUGCGGUCCCGUGUUUUCUCUGAGAAGAUGGGUCUGGAAUCCGGUUGGAAUUGUCACAUUUCAUUGUUAAGCGAAUCGGAUGAAAAGUUGGCGAAUGCCGGAGGCGGUGUACAAUCGCCCAAAACUACUGGUAAACUUGAUUACUCUAACAACGUAAAUAAUAUGACUACCACCACCACUACUUCUACUACUACCUCCACCACCAAUCCCCCUACCAUAACCUCGACUUCUCAUGCUAAUAAAACCAUAAUCACCGCCAUUAAUUGUACUACUACUACUACCACUACUACUACAACUAGUACUUCUACUACUUCUACUACCAUUAACAAACGUUCAUCUUCAGUUAUAAAUCAUGAUGUGAUUGAGUUCAUACAACCACCUCAACCACCAACGUGUUCCACCACCACCACAACCACUGCCAUUAUAACAACAACAACUUCAGCUACAUCAGACACUCAUGAUAAUGAUAAUUCCAUUGAAAUCCAAAUUUUAGGUAAUGUAGCCACUGAUGAUGAUUCCUCCGAUUUGAAUUAUCUAUUGCCACCACUUACUAAUCUAGAGUCUUCCAAGACACUGAGUUCUUCCGCUCCCGGAGCCAUAUCCAAUAAUUUGAUGCAUGUGGCCGAUAAUAAUGAAACCUGUUCCAAUGCCAGUCUGGCGGGUUCGCGAGACUCCAUCAAUGAAUCCCUAAAGGCCAGUUGUAGACGUCAAUCUCAAGAUUCUGCCUUAGAUGAGAAUUGUCGUUCGAUUAGCAUUUUGACAGAAAGUACCGAACAGAGUGCCCCCGUACACUUUGACAUGUCCAAUAGAGCCAAAUUACCUAGAGGCAUUGAGAAUAUAAGACCUCACUUGGAGAAGGUGGACAAUGUUCCUUUGCAAGUUUCUCUCUUCACCGACUGUUCGGCCGAAGCCACCACCCAAAUGUUGGAAAUAAUGCAAUCAUAUGGCGAAAUUGUUGUCUGCUUGGGUUCAUCCGCCAGCAAUUCAAAUGCGGAAAUAUUUUUACAAGCCGAUUGCAGCAUAGCUGUAGAGCCUUUAUAUCCUCAAGUGUGCCAAGAUAUAGAAGCCUACACCGAGGCCAAUAUAAUCAACAAUAAGUUGAGAAUAAAACGCAAAUCAGUUGCUUCUCCCAGCCGGGUACUACAAGAAGAAUUUGCCGCCGAAGAAUUGCUGGAAACAGGACAAUAUGGUGCCACUAGUGGCAAUGCUCGUCCCAUGCAAUGUCCCGGCAACACUAUAUCCCCCAUAUACUUAAGCCGCAUCCUUAACUCCCUGCCCUGCUCAAUAUCGGUAAAACGUGAGGAUCCUCUCUCUUUGGUGGCCAUAAUAGAGUUAUCUCGUCGCUUCUCAUCGGGCCUCUGGAAUUGCAUACAAUUUUGGGCCUGCUGUGGCGGUGCUCUAUCCUUAAUUAAUAUUCUUAGUGCCUGUUUAUCGCUAAGACCUCUACUCACUCCUUUGAUGGUGAUUUAUAUAAUGUGCAUACCAGUGCCUUUAAUAUCACUCGCCUUGGCGCACAUCGAUUUAGAUCCGAAAAUAAUGAAUCGUGCUACGGGCAAAAAACAAACGGAAUACGAUUCACGGGUGUUUGGUUUCGUGUUAUGGUGUUACGGCUGUAAAUUUCUAACACCCAUUUUGGUAAUGAUUUUAUCCUAUUGUGCAUUUAUGGAUCAUCCUAUAAAAAUAAUGGAUGUCGAAGAAGAUGAUAAACAUAUCAAUUUAGAGAUCGCAAGAAUUUUCUCUACACUUGGCAUUUUAUUGCAUUUUGUUACAGUUUCUGCAUCUUUUGUCCAUCGUGAUCAUUCGCUGUGGCAAAAGAAUCCCUUCCGUAAUCGCAUUUGGGCAUUUAGUUGUUUUUGUAUAUUAUUUUUUCACUCAUUUCUCUGUAUGACCGAAAUUUUACUUAAUGAUGAUGUUCACGAUCAAUUGGAUGAUGCCUGGCCAGCUAUAGUAUUUCUAUUUGUGGGCUGUUUAAUAAGUUUAAUAGUUUCGGAAAUUUGUAAAUGGCAGGAAAUAAAAGUUAAUACACGCUAUCAACGACGAGCCCGUUUAGAUUUUGGUACAAAAUUGGGCAUGAAUUCACCUUUUUAGAGAGAAGUGUGGCUAAGUGUUUUUUUAUAUACAUAUAUUUAGUAGUUGUUCUACUAUUUUACACUUAAAAGGCAACAAAAGACUUUUUUAUGUUUGCGCAAAACAACGCACAGUGGUAUAGGAAAAAAAAAAGAGGGAAAUAAUUCGGUAACUUCUAAACGGUUAAUCCGAUUUUGAUGAAAUUUGAUAUGCGCAAAGAGGAGGUGUU